UCUGACUUCCUGAAAAACUGAAAAAGAGCAGAAAAUCCCCCGGCGGCAUCUGUGCGUGUUGUCCUCAUCUGAGCGGCGCUCAUGGCUCUGGACGCUCUGAUCCGGAUCUUCACCAUCAUGUCAGCGUGUGUGUCUGGGACGAGUCCUGCCGUCUCGCUGUCCGCCCCGGGACGAGUGUUGGCUAUGGAGGGCUCGUGUCUCAUCAUCCCCUGCUCCUUCAGCCCGAGUUCCGGCGCUCAGACGAUGGAUCUUCGGCUCAUCAGAACUCCGACCACCUUCCUGACGAUGCUGAGGAGGACGGUGUUCAGCUCCCAGCGAGGCGACGCCGUUCAUCCCGACUUCAGAGAUCGAACGGCGCUCGCGGGGAACUUCAGCGCCGGCGACUGCUCCGUCAGCAUCAGCAGCGUCAGGAGGGACGACCAGAACUCGUACGAGCUGCAGAUCAGGGAGCGGGGUCAAAGGUCAUGGCCUGCGGGGAGCAAGGUCAACAUCAGCGUGACUGGUUCGCCGGAGCCGCCGGAGCUGACGGACCCAGGGCCGGUGAAGGAGGGUCAGCAGGUCGUGUUGAACUGUUCGGCGAGGAUCGCCUGCCCGUCCGAUCGGCCCCGUCUGCUGUGGAAGUGGGAGCGCGGCGAUCGGGACGGCAGCAGCGUUCACGGGGACACGGAGCUGCAGCGGGACGCCGGUCAGUUACCGGUGCUGCGGACGAGCCUCACCUUCACCGUCCCGCGACACACAAACCCCAGAGUGAGGUGUGAGUUGGAGUAUCCCAACAACAACAGGCGAUCCUCGGCCACCCGCGAGAUCCUCGUCCACUUUCCUCCCAGAGACGUGUCGGUUCAGGUGUUGAGCGCGUGGGUGCGAGACGGAGGAAACGCUCUGCUCAUGUGUUCCUGUAAGGCCGACCCGCCGGUGUCUGAGUAUCAGUGGUGGAGCGUCGAGUCGGGAAACAUGCUGAUCCUGCCCAAACGCACGCACACCAUCCGCAUCUAUAAUGUCAGCCGAGACACGCGAGUCCAGUGCAGCGCCAGCAACCGACUGGGACGCACCUCGUCCCGACCCACACGCCUCAACGUCCAGUACGCUCCGGUGAUUCUGUCCAGCUCGUCCUGUGAUUGGGACGGGUCGCUGCUGUCCUGCUCCUGUGUGGUGGACUCGAACCCUCGUCCCGCCGUCACCUGGAGUGUGAACGGGACUCACGUGCUGGAAGGGUUCAACGACUCGUUUUCUUACGUGAACCACACACUGACGGCGACGCUCAGCGGGAUCUCAGACACAGCGCUGCUGGUCGAGUGUCACGCCGUCAGCGCUUUGGGAAACGACUCGCACCUGCUCUAUGAGCCUCAUGACGGUGCUCUGAUGUGGACUGUGAUCCUGACAGCAGGUGCUGUGUUUCUUCUUCUGCUGCUGCUGUUUGUGCUGCUGUUUUACUGCUGCUGCUGCAGGAGAAACCGCCGGAGACGCGUUUACAGGCCUCCAGCCAUCCAUCCCGAGCACCUGGGCAUCUACCAGGAGCGCAUGCCGCUCUACAUUAACUGCUGCGAAGUCACAAACGUCUACAGCAACGGCAGCUACCAGCUCAUCUACCAGAACUGCACGCCGCUCUUCGUACGGAGCAAACAGAUUUAUAAGAGACAGAGACGAAGAGCGAGACGCCAGCGAGCGCAGCGCGAGACGCCGAUUUCCAUCACUGCAGACUCCGACACGGCCAUCUAUGUGGAGGUCAUAUGAGCUCAGACGGGCCUGUGUGUGUUUAUAUAAAAGCGUUCUGACCGCGUGUGUUUAUCUUCACUGAGAACUAAACAUCUGUGUUGUUUUUCCUGUAACAACUCACCUUCAGAAAUAAAAAAGUUAAAAAAAAAAAAACUGUGUGUUUGG